AUGGCUUCCUUCAAGGAACGCCGCUCCACGUUCCUUUCACUACUUUCACUCACUUUCUUUGUUCUUCUCGCCCUCUACAUCGGCGGCAGAAAUGGCAGCUCUCCGGUAGAGGUCCCCCAGCUGCAUGCCCGGUCUGAGGGCCUGGCCACCGGCGGUUCCGCCCCUGUCUCACCAGCUGCUGGCAAUGCGCCGGUUUCGUCCGUCCCCCACGGCCUUGUACGUCGGCAGGAAGACGACCCCUACACCUGUGGCCCCGGCCGCCCAUGCUCCAACGGAGCCUGCUGCGGACCUUCUGGCAACUGCGGUUAUUCGCCGGCGUACUGCGGCGACGGAUGCCAAUCCAACUGCGAUGCCAAGGCCGAGUGCGGCCAGUACGCUGCGAACCCCGGCCAGACCUGCAAACUCAACGCCUGCUGCAGUCAGCACGGUUUUUGCGGUACCACCGAGGAAUUCUGCACGGAUGGCUGUCAGUCAAACUGCAUCCUCGAGCCUCAGCCGCCGGGGGGCUCGCCCAAGGGCGCGGCGCUCGACAAGGUCAUCGGCUACUAUGAGGGCUGGAGCUACCGGUCGCCAUGCAACCAAAAGUCCCCGUCCGACCUGCCCCUGAAAGAGCUGACGCACCUUAACUACGCCUUCGUCUUCAUCGAACCCGAAACCUAUCAGCUCGUGACCAUGGACAUGGAGCACGAGGACGACCUGUGGCAGAUCACCGUCGAUGCCAAGCAGUAUAACCCCAACCUCAAGGUCUACGUCGCCGUGGGCGGCUGGACCUUCUCCGACAACGGCACCGUCACCCAGCCAUUGUUUGGCGAGAUUGCCCGCACCCAAGCGAACCGCCAAAAGUUCGCCGACGGCGUCGUCAAGUUUCUCAACAAGUACGGAUUCGACGGCCUCGACAUCGACUGGGAAUAUCCCGGCGCUGGCGACCGAGGCGGUCACGACGAAGACACGCCUAACUUUGUGCUCCUGAUGAAGACCCUCCGCAACACCUUUGACGCGUCGCCGCGGCGGCUGGGCCUGACUUUCACCAUCCCUUCUUCUUUCUGGUACCUCCGGUGGUUCGAUAUGCCGGGCUUAUUGCAGUAUGCCGACUGGACUAAUUUGAUGAGCUAUGACCUUCACGGGACAUGGGACGAGCACAACCCGAUCGGUGCCAUCGCCCAGGCACAUACCAACCUCACCGAGAUCAAGCUGGCCACACAGCUCCUCUGGCGCGUGGGCGUUAAGCCUGAGCAGGUUGUUCUCGGCUACGGCUUCUACGGGCGCGCCUUCGAACUUGCCGACCCAAGCUGCAAGACACCCGGCUGUCCAUUUGCCGGCGGCGCCAAGAAGGGUCCCUGCUCCAACGAGGCCGGCAUCCUGAUGUACUACGAGAUUCAGGCCAUCCUCAAAAAGUACCCCAACCUGGACCCCGUGUUCGACGAGGAGGCGGCCGUCAAGUACGUCACUUGGGACAACAACCAGUGGAUUUCAUACGACGACGCCGACACGUUUGCGCUCAAGCUAGACUGGGCCAAUGAGAUGGGUUUCGGUGGCUCCAUGAUCUGGGCCGUCGACACCGACGAUGAUAAGUACUCGGCUAUGAGCGGGCUGAUGGGGUACCAAGUCUCGCAUAUCGAUACGACCGAGGUGAAGGCGCUGGCCAUGAACGAUAACAAUGUGGCCGAGACCCUGAAACUGGAGAACGGAGAUGGCUGUCAGAUCAUGAAAGACUACGACUGCACGCAGUUGGCAGAUAUGACGUGUCCCGAUGGGCAGGAGUUGGUGGCUUAUGAUAGAAAUGGAUGCGGGAGUGAGGACGACACUCAAGGAGUGCCCGUCUGCUGCCCCACGGGCUCGACGGGCAAGAAGUGCACGUGGCGGGGAACACCCAAAGACGGCGGCAUCUGGGGCGACUGCAACGGGCAGUGCCACGCGGGCGAGACCAAGAUUGGCGACUCGAGGUACGGGGGCGGAUCCUCGGCGGACGAGAAAUGGCCGCUGAAGAAGUGCGCCCGAGGCCGCAAGGUGCUCUGCUGCGAGGCCAACGAUUGGAAGCAAGUAGUUGACGGCUGCUACUGGACCCCAUGCGUGGGGAGCUCCGGACAGACCCAGUGCAGCGGGAACACGGUUCAGCUUGCGACAAAAAAGGGCUCUUGCUUUAAUGGUGCGGAACAAAAGUAUUGUUGCCCGUGGGAUACCGGGCUGUAUGAGUGCAAAUGGCGCGGUAGCGCGCCCGAUUGCGUGGGGGCAAACUGCAAGACCCACGAGGAUGGAAAGGACUUGUUCGAGGUGCAGGUCGACGCGCAUGCGGGUGGCAGUUCCUGGAACCUCUGCAGUUGGGACAGGAAAAAGGCUCUGUGCUGUCAAGUCAGGGUUGCGAUACCCGAGCCUCUUACCUGCGAAAUCGAUUCCUGCGACAUCGAUUAUGAUUUGUGCUCCCAAACCAACAAGGAUGAGUGGGGAAAUGACCUUGAGCGAAGGGGCAUCGCGACGGCGGAUGAAGAUGAUCAGGGCCUUGCAAUUGUCUCCCGCGACGUCGACCUGGAGAAGCGCGACGGUGGCAAGCGCCCGUAUAAAUGGGUCACGAGCUUUGGUUUGGUCGUUCUGCAGAAUUCCCUGACUUACCCCUCCCCUCAGGGGUAUAUGAGGAGGCUCCGAGAAGGCCAAAUCGAACUUGCGCGAGCUUGGAUGGUGAGAUCACAGAACUGCGGCAGCCCGGGCGUUGAGGCUCGGAGAAUAGACCCGGCCCAGGGCGCUCCCGAUAGGACGCAGGUCGAGCACACGAUACCAUUGGUCACAGUAUCCCGCUUCGGUUCUGUUGCCGAGCACGGCCGAAUGUGGGCGCCUCGUCCCGCGGGAUAUAUCGACAGAAGAGGUAGAGAAAUCGGACAGGCUCACCCUGCAGGCUCGUAUACCGACAGGCCGGCAGCUGGUAACGAGAACUUUUGGCGGAAUGUCUGGAAUAACGCCAACGGCCUACCCCCUGGCCUGCCGCCGGUCACGCAAAACUCGCCGGAGCAAAGACGGCCUGUCGACCGCCUCUACGAGGCGCUGGGCUCUAAUAGCAACGCGGCCCACUUCACCCUGCUCCAGGACAAUAUCAACGGGAUGAAGGGUCGCGUCGAGAUCUUCAACGCUCCCAUGGCCCAGGACAGAUUCGAUACCUUCUUAGAAGAUGCCACUGAUCCCUCAAAUGACUCGCGUAACGUGGACAUCAUGUCCUUCAUGGCCCCACUACGGGAGCUGGUGGGCAUGUUCCAGUAUUUGAGGGCCUCGGACGUCGUCACGCGCAUCGACGCGGGCGCUGCCGCCGUCCACUUCCAGCUCCAGCUCAUCGAGCUACACUCUCCCGACUCGCAGGGUCUGUCAGCGCUUUGGAACGAGUUCUAUCCAGAAUAUUUCCGCCUUGUCUCCGAGUUCGCUCGCACGUGGGCUGGUGACCGAAUUAGGCAGAUCAGGGAGCACUACGAGGCUCACCCCAACAAUGAGUAUCGCGACGAAGUCUUGAAGGCUCUGAAGGUGAUCGAGGGUGACAUUCCUAAGUGGAAGUAUCCUUCCGAAGACUAA